CCGGCCUUUAUUUACACAAUGUAUUGAAUGCUCCAGAAUUUCCCCGUACAACGUCAUCAAGAACAUACAGUUUCCGGUUGAACUUAUACAUUGUUCCCCAACAAACCAUAGACAUUCAACACUUGCGAAACUCGAGCACAAAACAUGGCGGAUAGACACGCUCGUAACCCUCACCGUGGGGGCGCGAGAGACUACAGCGACAGAGACAGACACGGCAGAGACAACCGCGAGCGAGACCGAGAUCAGGACCGUAGCCGUGGUCGGGGAGGAGGUAGGGGUGGCCGAGACGAUCGAGAUAGAGACAGCCGAAGAUACAGGUCCCGAUCCAGAGACAGGCAUGGUCGUGACCAUGACCGUAACCGCAGGCGCUCGCGCUCCCCGGUUCGCGACAGAGAUGGGCACGAUCGACGCGACGACUGGGCCAGAGACGGAGGUAGAGGAGGCCGGCGUGGCGGUCCUAAAGACUCUCGCCGUGAUCGAGGUGACGUCGAUAAGGAUAGUAUGAGCAAACCAGACAGAGACAGAAAUAUCCGCCGCUCAGCCUCACCGCUCCGAGAGCCAGAACCACACGUGAAAUCUCCACGGAGUCCCAUACAAGCAGCAGCGCACGACGAUCACCGUCUUUCGAUAAGGUCGAAAUCUGAGAACGUCCCAGCUGCUACGACACCGGCACCGGCACCCGUGUCGUUCAAGGUCAAGGGACACGACCAACGUCGACCCGACAGCACACAUGUGGAGGAGCAGCACCAGGCGUCCCGAGAGCGGACAGAAGAGCACGAAGAGGAACAUGUUUCGAAGGGAAGGUUUGAUGCAGAUCCUAUGGACGAGGACGAGGAAGAAGACGUGAUUGUUGAGGACGAUGGCCUUGGAGACAUGGCUUCCAUGAUGGGCUUUGGCGGUUUUGGAACUACCAAGAACCAGAAGGUCAAGGGCAAUAAUGUUGGUGCAGUGCGGAAGGAGAAGAAGACAGAGUAUCGCCAGUACAUGAACCGUGUCGGCGGUUUCAACAGGCCCCUCAGCCCGAGUAGGUAGUGCUGAGGAGACAGGAUUGAGUGUAUCGCCCAAGAAGGAAAAGGCAUGGCAGGAGUCUCUGGGCAGUUUUGUUGAUUAUUAUUGUAUGGUAGGUCUGAUACCCAAAUAUCGUUCAUCGUUUCCACUUUGGCCUUGGUUUAGGGUCGUGUCGUCUCGAUAGCUUCUACCAGCUAUAGAACACAUCAGGAAACUUGGCAUCUCAUGCGCGCUCUUGCUGGAGAAAAAAAAAAGAAAGAAAAAGAAAAGAAUAGAAAAAUAAGAAGGACAUACAGACUUACAUAUAUUAAUGCCAUCUUGUACAGCUG